AUGCAGCAGUCAACCUACCAGGGCCACCGGCCCCAGGCGAACUACUACUCCAUUCCCCCCGGCGCCAGCAGGAGUACCGGAGAAGACACGGGGGUUCCUCUUUCCUCGGCGCCGUACGGAAUGCACGGAGGUAUCUCGUCUAUGCUUUCUUCCAACGGAGGAGGCGACAGCAGCAGUAUGGGGUCAAACCAAGCAUCACUAGCAUCACAGUUGCCAUCAACCAUGCCAACAUCAAACUCUCAUCUGCCGCCCCUGCCGACCUUAUCACACCUGUCUCCUCAAAUCACCACGCCUUUGCCGCAAAACCCGUCAUCUCUAAACCACCACGCUGCCGUUUCGCAGGUAUCCGAGACGUCCCACAGCUCGUCGCCAGAGACCUACCGCCAGCCGAGUUACUCUUCCUACAACGGCAGCCAUGCAUCUUCAUACUCAGGAAAUUCCAAUUUCCCGAGCAGCCACGCCCCGGCAUCUUCACUGCGGUCGCCACCGUCUACUUCGGAAAUCUCACGAGCCCCAUCAGUUCUACCGACGGCACAAUCACACCUCCUGUCGCCAUCUCCAAUGGCGCCGAAUUACACAUACUCGCGGGGGCCUGCCCAACCCUCGCAGAACCAAUAUCACUACCAACCACAAAUGAUGACACCGACCGCGGGCCAUACGUACGGCGCAUCAUCGAUGAUGGGCCACAUGGUUUACCAUCCGGGAUUCCCGCCGCAGCAUGCUAUCUAUCCGCACCCGCCUUCUGACAAGUCAAACUCUGCGCGACCAUUCAAGUGCAGCACAUGCUCGGUGGCGUUCAACCGGAAUCAUGACCUCAAGCGUCACACGCGCAUUCACUUAUCGGUCAAGCCUUUUCCAUGCAAGUCGUGCGACAAAGCUUUCUCCAGGAAAGACGCGCUGAAGCGGCACCGACUUGUCAAAGGCUGCGAGGCAGAACCCGAAAGCAAGAGCAACACUGAGGAAAAGUCGCCGCCCCAAUCUAAGCGGGACUCGGAGUCGAGGAGCGUCAGUACUGAGCUUUCGCCGCACUCGAUAGCCCCUCCGGUAUACAGCUUGAAAGGCGACUACCCGUACAUGAAGCAGGAUGCCUACAUCAAGCAUGAGUCUUUCAUCAAGACCGAGUGAGUUUUGGGUUUUACGAGGUUUUUUUUUAUUCAUAGUUCUGGCUGCAUGCACUCAUUGUGGGCGUUUUUGGUUGCCUUAAAAAGCAUGGGCAUUGGUGAUCAUGGAAAGAAAGGCAAGUGUCUUGCUGGGGAUUUCAUACAGGAUUUUUGGGUUUCUUGCAUGUGGUCUGUGAUCUGUUUUUUUUUUUUCUGAUUCAUUUCUCUUAUAUUUCCUCACUAUUCUUUUUGCAUUUUCACUCUUGGAUCUGUUGACGCAGUACGAGCUGCUACUGGAUCGGUUCGUCGGGACCGCGGCCUUUUUGCCUUGUUUUGACCCCAACGUUGCUCGGCAGCUCUGCUGCUUCACGUUCUCUCGAGAUACCCUACGAUCAGUUUAUUGUUCAUCAUUCAGUUUUUUUGUACUUUCUGCAUGAUUA